CGUUUUUCCCGCCUCCACCCAACCCCCUCACACCGCGAGGCGACGAAAGGGCCAAGAGGGUGCGCGCGUCUCUCGUCGUCUCUUCUCGCCUCGUCAACUUGCCGCCACACCACCACCUCGUCGUCGUCUUCGUCGUCGGCCACCGCCACUCCUCCGUCAGCCAGAAGCGAAGCGGUGCCGCUGCGUCGCCCUCGGGCUGCUGCUGCUCGAGGCCUUCUAAAAACCAGGAAUGGGGGAGGCAGAUCCAGGAAAACUCUUUGUUGGAGGCCUGAACAUUGACACCACCGAGAAGGCUUUGGAAGCGACCUUCUCCAAAUAUGGAAGAGUUGCAGACGUUCUGCUGAUGAAGGACCGCGAGACGAAUUUGUCUCGGGGGUUUGCAUUCGUCACCUUCGCCAACCCGGAAGAUGCCAAGGAAGCUGAGAGAGACGCCAAUGGAAAGGUGCUGGAAGGGCGUGCGAUGCGGGUGGACCAGGCCACCAAGCCAUCGUUUGAGAGCUUCCCAGGCGGAGGACGCUACGGCUUCUCCCGCGGGCCCCCCAGAGGUGGCUCCUCCAGAGGGCCCCCCAUGAAGCGUGGACCCCUGGAUCGGGGGGACGGGCCUCCUGCCAAACGGCCGAUGACCAUGGCUGGUGGACCUCCCCGUGGUGGCGGCCGCGGAGGCUUCAGAGGGCCAGGCCCACGCGACAUGGAUGGCUACGGUGGGCCUCCGCGCAGAGAGAUGAUGCCGCGGCGAGAUGACUACGUGCCCAGGGAUGAAUACUACAGCAGCAAAGACAGCUACGCGCGCCGAGACUACGGGGGCUCGCGUGAUGGGCGCGACUACCCCCCGCCCCCGCCCAAGGAGUACCGUCCGCCCCCAGGCCGCGACGACUACCACGGGCCCAGCUCGCGCGCGUACGGGUACGACCCCGGCUCCCUCCGCACUUCCCGCUCGCCAGGGCCUGCAUCCAGGGAGCGAGACAUCUACGGCAGCGGUGGCCGAGACCACAUGCGCGAAUAUCCUGGCGAGCGGCCAGGCGCUGGCUCCUACCGCGACGGCUAUGCGGGUUACGGAAGCUCGCGGGGAGGCCCGCCUCCCUCUUACGGGGGCGGCAGUGGAGGGGGCGGCCGAUACGACGAUUACGGCCCUAGUUCGCGUGACCCCUAUGCGCCCGGGAGCACCCGCGAAUACCCGGGAGGGCGCGCCACCAGCGACGGAUACGGCCUGGGUCGUAGCGGAGAUAGGAUGGGGCGCGCCGAGCGAGGACCCCCGCCCCCUCCCCCGCCCCCCCCCAUGGAAAGAAGCUAUGCCCCCCGCGACUCGUACGGAAGCUCUUCCCGCGGCCCCCCACGCGAUUCGUUUGGCGGCGGUGGCGGCGUCCCGCCACCCAGAGAUUCUUACGGCGCCUCAUCCGCGUACCGUGGAGCGCCCCGCGACGCGUACGGUGGAUCGGCCCGCGGCCCCCCGCCGCGCGACGUGUACGCGGGCGCGCCCCCCCGUGACAUUUAUUCCGGCUCCAGCCGAGGGCCCCCUCGCGUCUCCGAACACCGUGGGGAGGGCCGCAACCGAUACUGAUUACGAUUUUAGCGAGGAGUUGGCGCUCGCUGUCAGGUGUCGUGUUAGUAUCCCACCCGCUGGCGGCACUCGUGUGAACACCAACGUCUGAACGUUUUGGCAACCAUCCGCUAUUUGUGCCGUCCCUACUGAUCCUACACUUUUCAGAGUUUGCAGAGCCCCCUCGAUGUUUAGACUGCAUUCUCCUCCGUUUGGUUUGUCCCUUUUAAAUUUGUGUACUUACUGUUUUUGAAAAAAAGGAAAAAAAUCCUAUUUUGCAGCGUUUCCUCCUGUGAAACAUUUGGCAUAUUAAUAAGAUAGAGUUGACUUUGGGAGAUGUCAAAUGGACAUCUUUUAUUCAUAUUGCUAAUGACAGACUUUGUUAUUUUGUUAUUUUUUUAAGAUUGGAGCAGGCACACUCCCAAUCUAGACAUUUGUGACGAUCGUUGUUCGAAACUGCUUCAUUGAGAAUUUGUAUUUUGUUGGUUUCUUUUUAAAGCUCAAUAAAUAUGCAUAAAGCUAAGCUGUGA